UCGAUGGAUAUUAACGAGUGAAACCUGUAUUUAAUCGUGGUGACAGUGUGUCGGACGAGGGUCUGCAGCGCCCUACACAGUGAGAGUGAAGGCGGUGUCCAGACAACACGCUCAUCGCUUCAGGAAGGUCUUCGCGAACCAAAUUUCCCGCGGUCUCGCUGAGUUCGCGGCUUGUGCUGUGUUGUGCUCACACUCGAGGUUUCGCACAGCAGGAUGAGGUUACUACUUUUAUUCCUCGUCACAAAGCUGGCUGCCGGACAGCUGGCUCUGACCAACGACGUGGAGCUGGUGCCGGCCAUGGCCAACAUGCCGCAGAUCACCAGCCUCGACGUCCAGUGCGAGAAAUCCGGAAUGACGGUAAACGUGGCCUUCUCGCAGCCAUUCGACGGUGUCAUCUUCAGCAAGGGCCACUUCUCCAACCCCGCCUGUCGGUAUGUGGCGGCCAACUCGGGACGUUCCAGUUUCACACUGAUCAUCCCAAGUGGUGAGUGUGGCACAGCUACAUCUGAUAUCACCAACAACGGUCCAAGCGGGAAGAGCCGUGAAUCCAGUACCCGCAUGACCAACACCAUCAUCGUACAGAAUGAUCCCACAGUGCAAGAAGUAUGGGACGUCGCCCGCACAAUCAAGUGUGACUGGGUUGACAAUCUCGUUAAGACUGUGGCCUUCAAUCCCUUUGCUGUCGGAAUGUUAGAUGCUCAAGAGGUCCGCUUCAAGGGAGGUCAACCUAUCGAGUGCUGGAUGGACUUGAAGCAAGGACGUUGGCCAUUGACAACAGACAUUGACUCCAUCGUUAAGAUCGGCGAGACACUUUCCCUGAUGGUGUAUGCACGUGACAACAAAGGCAUGUACGAUGUGAGCGUCAAGGACUGCUAUGCUUAUGGAGGCCCAAAUUAUGACGAUGUAAACACUCCUCGAAUCCAGCUGACAGACGAGCAAGGCUGUGUUCUAAAAGACAAAUUAAUCAGCCCUUUCUACAGCACCCGGCAGCGAGACGAGAGGGGAGAAAUAAUUGUCACCUAUGCUUUUGUACAGGCUUUCAAGUUCCCUGAUGUUAUGGAUGUAUUCAUGUCGUGUAAUGUAGAAAUAUGCAAGGGAGAUUGUGACAGCAUUUGUGGUUCUCUUGUUAAAGGUCCAUCAUCCCCUGGUACUACCACUGAAGGUCCAUUUCGCACUGGCAGCACACUAUUUGGCGAACCUAUCACUACUCCAGGUCCUACUACUGUCCCCUCAUGCUUUCCUGGCUCUACUGAUCCAAGGUGCUAUUCAUCACCACCCACUGUCCCUAGUAUUUCUGUUUGUGGGCCUGGUUCCACUGAUCCUGCUUGCCAGUUUACCUCCCCUGAACAGGAACUUUGUGGCUUUGGAAGCAAAGAUCCUAGAUGUAUCUUCCCAACAACACCCUCUCCUAAUAGGGGUAAAGCAAUUAACUCUAGUCCUCCUCCCAAACAAACACUGACAACUUCUUUCAAACUCCCCACACCUACUAUUCCACAAUUCCAAUGUGUCCAAGGUUCAACUGAUCCUCGAUGUGUACAGCCCACGUCUCCUUCACCCCCACGGUGUUUUGCUGGUUCAACUGAUCCAAGGUGCCCUAAACCAACUACCACUGCUCCCCCACUAUGCUUUGCUGGGUCUACUGAUCCUCGAUGCCCCAAACCUACUACCCCUGCUCCACCACAGUGCUUUGUUGGUUCAACUGAUCCUCGAUGCCCAAAGCCCACCACCCCUUCUCCUCCACGAUGUUUUGCAGGCUCAACUGACCCCCGAUGCCCAAAGCCCACUACUCCUGCUCCACCCAUAUGUUUUGCUGGUUCAACUGACCCUCGUUGCCCCAAACCCACAACUUUUGCCCCUCCUAGAUGCUUUGCUGGCUCAACAGACCCUCGAUGCCCCAAACCUACUAUUCCCCCAUCCCCACCAAGAUGUUUUGUUGGUUCAACUGACCCAAGUUGUCCUCAGCCCACUACCCCUGCACCUCCAGUUUGCCUCCCAGGAUCAACUGACCCUAGAUGUCCUCAGGUGACAAGUCCAGCCUCCACUCCUCUCAUUUGCCUCCCUGGAUCAUCUGACCCAAGAUGUUCUAGUCCCUCAACAACACCAGCCCCACCCCGUUGUUUCCCAGGUUCUAAAAAUCCUGGAUGCCCUAAACCUUCAACUACCCCACCCAGCUGUUUCCCUGGUUCUGUGGAUCCAAGUUGCCCUAAGCCCACAACAAUUCCAGCUCCACCUCUCUGUUUCCCUGGUUCUGUUGAUCUGAGAUGCCCUAAACCUACAACACCAGCUCCACCUCGCUGUUUCCCUGGUUCCACUGCUCCAGGAUGUCCUAGGCCCACAACUACACCCUCCCCGCCCCGCUGUUUCCUUGGAUCUACUGACCCAAGGUGUCCUAAACCCUCUACUACCCCAGCUCCACCAAAGUGUUUCCCUGGUUCUAUCGAUCCAAGAUGCCCUAAAACUACUACAACUAGACCACCACCUCGGUGUUUCCCUGGAUCCCGUGACCCUAGAUGUCCUAAACCCACAACUCCAGCUCCACCACAAUGUUUCCCUGGAUCUACAGAUCCAGGAUGUCCUAAGCUCACCACUACCACCCCUGUCCCAUUCCGCUGUCUUCCAGGCUCUACAGAUCCUAGAUGUCCACAGCUUACCACACCAGCUGCCUGCUUCCCUGGAAGCUUUGACCCUAGAUGUCAAAAGGGUACUACCCCAGCUAAACCAAUUUGCUUUGCCGGGUCACCAGACCCUCGUUGUUCCAAGAGUUUACCCACUGCAGCAACACUUCCAACCCCUAAACCUACUCGGCGGCCAACAAUCCGGCCUACUACUUUCCGUCCUUCACUAAGGCCAACUUUCAGGCCUCGCCCAACCCCUACUCCACAACCCACAACUCUACAGCCAGAACCCCCACGUAGGGACUCUGUGCUCUUCCCUGCAACAAUAACUACUCCUCGACCUACUACCACUACCUCUUUCUCUAGAGUAAAAGCUCCUUCAGUCACUACUGCAAGGCCAAAACCUUCAGGUCCUGCUCUUAAGCCAACUACACCCUCUAGUCGAGGCAAGCCCAACAGAGGUAAACAGUUGUCGUCAGCCCCUCAGCCUAAGCCAGAACCUACAGGAAAGGAAUGGGAAGGGGAGUCUCGCUUCCAUGCCUUCCACAGUUUCCACUUCCAAAAGGGUGAUGGAAGGCGGGGCAGAAGGUUUGGUGCUCGACUGUCCAGAGAUGCUGAUGAGGAAGUUCCUUUAUCUCGGAGCAUUCGAUCUCCUGGUGAACCACUCCCAGGAAAGCGACCACUUUUGGAAAAGGUUCCUGUUAGGUUGUCUCGAUCUUUAUCAGUUAUUUCUGCCACCGACUUGCCAGAACCUAGGAAAACUUUUUUCAGGGUUCAGUCAGAGGAAGAGACAGCUCAAGCAUUUAGUGAACCAGUAUAUUCUGAUCCUCUAGGCACAGUAUGCCUUCCUGUGGCCAUUUUUACAGCUUCCAUACUCUCCCUUUUGUUUCUUCUCCUGCUCUCAUCUACAGUGGCUCUGGUGUUGUAUAUUCGGCAGCGAGACAGCCACAAAAAACAUAUGGCUGCCUGGCUAGGGCACUAGUCUUCCCCACAACCCCACCUGCAUCUGCUGCCUCCA